ACCAGUACAAGAAUCUUAUGCAGCUAAUUUUGCUAACAAAGAAGAAAACCCAUAUUUGCAAGAUAAUAUACCUAUUAUUAACAGUGCAGGCUUACAAGAAAAUGAUUUAAUGCAAGAUGAACAAAAUAGGCCUUUGUUACCUUCAAUAGAAAUAGACAACAAUAAAAGAAACUCUACACUAAGUAAAGAUAAAGAUCUUGUAUCUAACCUAGUACUAGCAUCUCAUAAUGAACUAGCUGCACUGUAUCUUAAUACAGAACUAUAG